CUUUAAAACUUUUUAUCUUUUUUUAAAUGAAUUUGGCAGUUCUGAAAAAACAUUGCAUUUUAAAAAAUGUCUUCCCCAAGCAAGAGAAGGGAUAUGGAUGUCAUGAAAUUAAUGAUGAAUGAUUACACCGUGGAGACAAAAGAUGAUGAAAUCAACAACUUUGUUGUGGAAUUCCAUGGUCCAAAAGAAAGCCUUUAUGAAGGCGGGGUUUGGAAAGUCCGCGUGGAACUCCCAGAUGCUUAUCCUUAUAAGUCUCCUUCCAUUGGAUUUAUCAACAAAAUAUAUCACCCAAAUGUUGAUGAACUGUCAGGUUCUGUGUGCUUGGAUGUCAUCAACCAGACAUGGAGUCCAAUGUUUGAUCUGUUAAAUAUAUUUGAGGUUUUCCUUCCACAGCUCUUACUUUACCCAAACCCAUCAGAUCCCUUAAAUGGUGAUGCAGCAUCACUGAUGAUGAAAGACAAGAAGCAAUACGACCAAAAAGUUAAAGGAAGAAAUGAGAAGUGUACAAUGGUGUUUCCUUGUGAUGCCAGAGUGGAUAGGGCUACCCAGGUAGGUAAAAGGGAGCUUUCUGUGUGGCAUGGUCAGGAGUUGUUCCAGCUUCCUAAUUCUCAUAGUAUUAAACUUCUUCCCAACCAUGAAGCUGCUCUUAGAGGAGUUAAUAGUCUGACCAGAGACCUGUUGAUAUUUGGCCAAGAAUGUCUUCAAAUUGGAAAUAGAUCUGAGCUGAGCAUUGGUGAAGAUAAUGAGGUCAUCCUCAUAAGCCAAGUGGGUGACAGGGAUGCUGUUUCUGCCACAGUUGAAUCUACCCAAAGAACCAGAUCUUUCUCAAAGUUAAUCUCAGCUGAAGAGGCCUCAUCUUCAGCUUCUUUCACCAGGGGCUGGAAUAUCCCUUUUCGCCGGUUGUGUGACCGGUUUACAAGUCAGAUGGUUGUGACCCAGUUUCCAGCAAGAAUUACAGAUAAGAGAGGGGUCUUCAUAGAAACCCUGGAAGAAGAGAUCAGCAUCAGCAUGUUUGACAUGAAUGCGUUGGUGGAGAGUCCUGGAAACGUCAAGUUCCACACAAACCCUAACAUACUUGGGUCUGGUGAAGUUGAGCGUAGCAUUGUCAACCUUUAAAGGGGUCCCCAAUAUGGAGGCAAUACUGAAAAGAGCAGCUUAUUCAUGAAGGUGAAUUGGAAGAUGAGGAUUGGAGAUCCAAACCGGAACAAUGGGGGAGUCUUCCUCUUGUGUUAAGGUUGGAGAUCAUUUGGUUACAGACAUGGUAUCCUUACCAAUGGUCCAAACCUUACGAUAAAAGAAUCUCUGGUAG